AUGCCGCUGUCAACUCAGAUCGCACGAGUCUCGGACGGACUGCCAUUGGCGCAGAGCGUGGAUGAUGGCAAGACCGAGACCGACCUCUCGGAGCACAAGCAGCAGGCUAAGCUCAUCUUCCGACGCAUCACCCCCUCUUCCGAGCAGCGCUGCAGCAUCGAGAGCGGCAAAUACACAUUGCACUACCUCAUCUCACCGCCGCCUGCGAUGCCGUCCUCAGUUGUCUAUCUCACCAUCGCGGAAAAGUCGUAUCCACGCAAGCUUGCCUUCUCGUACCUUGACGAGCUCUCGAAAGAGUUUGAGCGCAGCUACGGUAGUCAGGUGGAACAGAGGACGCUUCGACCCUACGCCUUUGUGAGCUUCGACACGUUCAUGCAGCGAACAAAACGACUUUACGAGGACUCUCGCACAGCGCAAUCGGCAGCUUCAUCCAACUUGGACCGACUCAACGAGGACUUGCAGGAUGUCACACGCAUCAUGACGAAAAACAUGGAGGACCUGCUUUGGCGUGGCGACAGCUUGGACCAGAUGUCGACUAUGUCCUCGUCGUUGCGAGACGAGUCGCUCAAGUACCGUAAAGCGGCAAGGCAGAUCAACAUCGAUGCGCUGCUUCGAAAGUGGGCUCCCGUCGGCGCCGUGGGCUUUCUGUUCCUGUUCAUCAUCUGGAUCAAGUUCUUCUGA